AUGGACAACAGACCUGCUUCCGAGUACGCGCAGUCAGGUUCGCACUUUCCAUAUCCAAAUCCUCCUCACCCUCCUCCUCCUCCUCCACCACCACCGGUUGCCUCCGCGCAUCAUCAUUCUGAACUCCCAGCUGCAGACCAGGCUUCUGCUGCUGCCACUGCUCAAUAUACCCCCCAACCUGAGGUCCGCCCCAACCCUCAGUACACGCCGCAACCUGAGGUCCGCCCCGCCGCCAAUAUUUCGUCCAACAACACGCCACAGUCGGACUACGGUCUGAACCAACCUCCCACUGCUGCGCGCUCUCCUGCCUACCCCGAGUACCUCGCCCGCCCACCUCAGUACCAUCACGCGCCGAACACCCAAGCCGGUGGUGCGGCAGGUAUGGCUCAAGCAACAAGUCCGUCCAUGAACACCCUCACUGAUGGGCCACACAAUGACCAUCGCAAUCAUCACUCGAACGUGAAGUCUGACCCGGACGUUCCUAUAGAUCCCUCAAUCGCGGCCUCUAGCCCUACCUACCCUCCUCCCUACUCGCCUUACCAGCCACAAGGCCAUGACAUGGCUCAGUAUCAAGGUCACCCCCCUCCGCCGCCCCCACAAAUGUAUGCGCGUCCAGAAUGGUCGCAUGGGUAUGGACAGCACCAGCACGGUCUCCCUGGACCAUACAACACUCCUGCCACAACGGUUGGUCCCGCCUCCCCUGCUGCGACCGCAGGGCCGCGCCCUGGCCAGGUUUACUCGUUCGUUCCAAUUCCCGGUGCGCAGCAGCAUAAGCGUCCUCGUCGCCGGUAUGAAGAGAUCGAACGUAUGUACAAGUGUGGAUGGAAUGGCUGUGAGAAGGCUUACGGCACUCUUAACCACUUGAAUGCCCAUGUUACAAUGCAAUCGCAUGGUGCAAAGCGUACCCCUGAAGAAUUUAAGGAAAUCCGCAAGGAGUGGAAGGCUCGAAAGAAGGAGGAGGAGGCCCAGCGCAAAGCUGCUGAAGAGCGCGAGCGUGCCGCAGCUGCCCAGGCUGCCCAGGCUGCCCAGGUUGAUGCUCCCAAUCCUGCGGAUCCUGGUCAGCCUGGUCAACCUCCUGCCUACCCUGGCGGUGUCCGGCCUCAGCUGCCCCCCAUUGGAUACCAGCCUGCUGAUGGCCAGGUGCCUGGUCAGUAUGGCGGUGGCGCUGGUGGUAUGGUCUACCAGGGCAACGGACAAAUGGGAUACCCUCCAAAUUACCCUCACUCGCCUUACGGGCAGAGCAGUCAAGUGUAUCAGCAACAUGUCCCCUCUUCCCUUUCUUUAGGCUGCAUUAUGGGACAGAAAGACCCUCUUCUAGAACAACGGAUUCGAUGCGGUUCCUGCAUUACAGGACCGGGGAAUAUCAAGAACUCUAAAUUAGAUGCAUCAUCAGCAUUAGCGGGAUUAUCAUCAGGCACUGCCAAGGUCUCCGCCAAGGUGGUGGAGAUGGAGCUGAAGUGGUUGAAAGACCCCCGUGCGCUGGCGGAUCGAAUCGGGAUGUUGUUACAAGCGGAUAAUAUUGGUCUUGCGGCGGAGAUUGUUCGUGUUGCGCAGAGCGAGAAGAUGGAGUGCGCGGUGGCUUGGAAUCAUCUGAUUGAGUACUGCAUGAACAAGAAGAAUUCGGCAGCUGCUUUUAAGUUCUACAAUGAUAUGAAGAAACGCGGCCGCAAGCCGAAUUCGAGGACUUAUACGAUCAUGUUGAAUGGUCUUACGAAAGAGAAACACCCCGCUGCUAAUCCUGUACGGAACGCGCGAAAUCUCUACAAGUCGAUUUUCUCCGAGUUUUCUACCGUUAAACCUGAGAUCAUCCAUAGUAACGCUAUGCUGAACGUCUGUGCGUCUCAUGGAGAUAUGGAUACAAUGUGGGAGAUUGCCGGGGAGCUCCCCGAGGAUGGACCAGGCUCUCCGGACUCCGUUACCUACACGAUUAUCUUGAGGGCUAUCAAGGACUCCGCUCACCGUGAUCUAGCCCGGUUGGAGCCCAAUCAGGCUGAAAAGAUUUUCUCUCGGAAAGUUAUGUGUGUCAACGAGGGGAAACGGAUAUGGUCCGACAUCGUGUAUCGGUGGAAGAGGGGCCAGCUUGUUCUGGAUAAUACUCUCGUUGGCACAAUGGCGAGUGUGCUCUUGGAAGGCCCUGGCGACCAUCAUUUCUGGGAAGUGUUCCAAUUGUACCAUCAAACUGCGGGAAUCCAGGUUCUUGCGAAAGAACCUCCACCAGACACCCCGCGGCGUUCAGUUCGGGAAAGCCUGCCAACGAAUUCUUUUCGUACACGGAAAGAAAUAGAUGACGUCCCAUUUGUGGACGAGGGAGGCAGAUUAUACCAGCCCUCAGAACCAGAGGCUGAUCCUACCGAAGAAGAGGCGGUCUCAGAGGAGAAUUUCGAGAAGUUGUUUGCCCCAGUCGUUCCGGAAGGCACGAUCCCUACUACGACACUGGACACUUCAGGCACCCAGCCUUCAGGCCCAGCAUACAUUGCUUUAGGAAACAGGGAGCUUUCGAUGAUCCUCGAGACCUGCUUGACCAUGAACCAAGCCCUCUCGGUUGGGAAAACUUAUUGGCAGGAUCUUACACAGGGAGUCCAUGCGUACCGGAUUGAACCCGACGUAGGAUCGUUCCACCAAUAUCUGCGUCUUCUCCGUCGGGGCCGCUCCAGCCGUGCUACUGUUGAAGUGGUACGCGACCAGAUGGUCCCGGCCCAUAAAGCAGACGGCAGGACAUUUCAUAUCGCGCUGAGCUGCUGCCGCCGUGAUCGCAAGAAUAUGAAUGUUUUGAAGAAUGCCAAUGAGCUUUUGAAAGCAAUGGAGAAAGCUAUUGUGCUCCCUGAUCCUCGCGUGUUGGAAGGGUACCUUGAAUUAAUUCGAUCGUUGGAAGAAAGCCCCUUGAUUCUGAUGUCUCUAAACGGUCUUGAUGUGGAAGAGCAGCGGCGGUCUAGCGACCUGGCAGCUAUGGGACGAAGGUUGCAACUGAGCCUAAGAUUAGUUGCAGUUGAGAACCUACGGCCUCUGAUUGCCAAACUGGACGAAGCCAUGGAGCAUGGCCAUGUCUCACGGGCGUCGUCUAAGGGUCCUGGAAAGAAGCCAAGUGACCGACAAAAGGUGCCCGGUGAUGGAGCACGAAAGGCGCUGAUAGGGAUGAGAAUGCUCAUCGACUCGAUCUUGAAGUCCGAGGGAGGCAAGCUCCUCAAAAAGGUCCGCCAGCAACUUGAAAAAGAGUCUAAUGACCUGCGCAAGUACUCGAAGACGGAGGUUCUCACCAGGUACAAUAACUCGCUGGUGUCUCCGACUCCGGAACAGGUUCUCGCGCAUCGAGGGCAAGAAAAUGACGAUUCUUCUCCAGCUUCUGGGGACAACAAAUGA